AUGGCGUGUGAAGAAAGAUGCGGAUAUUUUAUGAAGGAAAAAAAUAAAUUUUGUCAUCAACUUCGCGCUAAGGGUUCAGAUCGCUGUUUUUACCACAUUAGCGAACCAUCCAUAGCUAAAAUGGCUUGUCCAAUGGAUCCAACACAUUUCGUCAGCCCUUCAAAUCUUAACAAACACUUGAAAAAGUGUAGUAAGCGGCGUAGAGUUAAGGCUGUAUAUGAUGUGACUGGAAUCAAUUCGGCCAACUUAUGUGAUCGUAAAAUUGUUCCAAAAAUGUCGCUAGCUGAUGUGUCUGCAGUUACAACGUUACGGCUGAUAGCACGUUUAGAAGAAUUGAGUACAGAGUUGAAUCUCAUUGACCGAAUCGAAGAUUUAUCAGUAGGCGAUAUUCAUCCACUUAUUUCAUUCACAAUGAAUAAUCCUCGUCAUUGGUGUACAAACGGACUUGCUGGAUUAAAUGAAAUACCAUCUUUUCUUCAGUCGGACUCGAUAUCAUUGAAUAGCAGCAAUGAUAAAGUCAAUCAAGAUACAAAUGUAUCAGAGGAUAACUUCUCAGUAAAUCCAGAACAUGCGAUCCGUGGAUCAACGCGUCAUAUUUAUCAGAAUGGCUGUCUGAUUCGAGUUUUGGAAAAAGAAAACCUCCUUACUACUGGUAAUUUAUAUCUUGAAUUCGGUGCUGGUCGUGCUGGAUUAUCUCAUUGGAUCAACAACUGCUUAGCCUCUUCUGAAUUAGGCUCUCGUUGUUACGAUCGGUUUCCAGGUGUAUGGCCGGUAAAGGCACCUGAAACUGACUUUAUAGUUGUGGAACUCAAUUCUGUUCGUAAUAAGAUGGAUAGACGGCAACGUGAUGAAGGAAAUUUUACACGUAUUAGAAUAGAUAUAGCUAACUUGGAUCUUACUCAUGUUCCAUUGAUACAAGAAAAUAAAAGACCAUUAAUUGCUGUUGCCAAACAUUUAUGCGGUGAUGCUACAGACUUAUCACUUCGUUGUUUGAAAAAUGGUGAAAAUGUUAUGAACCUCUCAGGUAUAAUGUUUGCUGUAUGCUGUCAUAGUAAAUGUACUUGGGAUGAAACAGUUGGUCGUUUUUGGCUAGAGAAAGAAGCAAAGAUAACAUCAGAUGAAUUUCGCUUAAUCUCUUAUUUUUCCUCAUGGGCAGUUUGUGGAUUCAAAUGUGAAUCAUCUGAACAGGCGGACAAUCCUAUUCACAGCUCCAAUCAAAGUUAUUUAGAAGCUCUAAAAAGUGACAAUGAAAAAGAAUGUCAGGAUGCACUCCACAACCUAGAUGUAUGUGUGAAGGUGAAAAUCGGAAAAAUAUGUAAACGUUUAAUUGAUUGGGGACGUCUCAUGUACAUAAAACACGAGUUAAAUCUUCCGAAUAUCUCUUCUGUGGUCUAUACAACAUCAGACGUAACACCUGAAAACAUUGUGAUAUGCGCUAGUCGGUAA